UUGUAGCUGUUACGGCGAUCUGUAAAAUGAAACUGUUUUAACCCCAUGCAGUAUUUACUAUAAUACCUUAACUAACUGUGGCUGCUCCAAAGCCCCAGCUAUUGUCGCUACCGUUUGGGCCUGAGCCGAAAAGCAGGGAAACGUCGUACCGACUAACUAAAAUGUCACAUUUUGUGGAUGGGGUCUGUACUGUUGGGCAGAGCAACGUCACGGAUCGCAGUUAGCUCGCUUUGCUAACUUCACCUGCUAAACGCUUGUCAGCCAGUCGCCUUUUUAAAAGCAUGAAACGAGUAGGAAGCCGGAUGUUGGGCAGGCAGCGUUCCGUGGUUAUGUUUGCUCGUGUCUCAGGUGUUCGCCAUGUGUGCCAGUCGCACCACAACAUCUGUAGUCAGUCAAAGCGGUGUUCAGAGUCUCUGUCGUCCCCUCGGGGUGAGCAUUACUGCUUCAGUCCAUCAUCGCACCGCACCCCUGAAGCAGAGCAAGGUCAGUGUCUGUGUGAGAAAAACUUUGACCACUGCAGUGGCGGGGCAGGAGCGCGCAGCCCAGGAAGAUGGCAUCGCCCUUUGUGCCUGUGCCUGUGCCUAUGGACAGAGCCUUGUCAGGGGGCAGCAGCAAGCUGAGACGGCCACAGCGAGCGUCGUCACUAGGCAGCGUCUCCAGCAGCUCGGACGACCACGGAAGAGGAUGUGGAGGAUCAGGUCCCCAGCGCCAAUCCCGCUGCACGGAAAGCCGCACCCGCAGCCUGACGCCGCCCCCCCUCCAGAGCCCCGUGACCCGGGCCAGGGUCAACGGGACUCUGGAGCCCUCUGUAGAGUACUCCAGCUGCCCUCGCUCCAUCUCGGAUCCUGCCGGGAGCCAGCAAGGCGAGGAGAGGCCUAUCACCCCCACCGUGCUGGGGUAUGAAGUCAUGGAGGAGAGGGCCAAGUUCACGGUAUAUAAGAUCCUGGUCAGGAAGACUCCAGAUGAGAGCUGGGUUGUUUUUCGAAGGUACACAGACUUCUCCCGGCUCAACGACAAGCUGAAGGAGAUGUUUCCAGGCUUCCGCCUCUCGCUGCCUCCUAAGCGGUGGUUUAAAGACAACUAUGACAGCGACUUCCUGGAAGACAGACAGUUGGGACUACAGGCCUUCUUGCAAAACCUGGUUGCACAUAAGGACAUUGCCAACUGCCUGGCAGUGAGAGAGUUUUUAUGUCUGGAUGACCCACCCGGGCCCUUUGAUAGUUUGGAGGAGAGCAGGGCGUUCUGUGAGACUCUGGAGGAGAGCAACUAUCGUCUCCAGAAGGAGCUGCUAGAGAAGCAGAGGGAAAUCGCCUCCCUGAAAAGGAGGCUGGAGGAGAGGGAGCAGGCCAUCCUGCUACUGGAGAAACACAUCAAUGGUGAAUGUUUGAGCCCAGAGUCUCCGUGUGGUCUGUCGGCUCAGGGGAGUGAGAGCAGUGCCGAUGCCGAUGUGGAGUCGUCCGCUGCAGAGGCUGAUCAGGAUAUGCCUGACGACACUGGUGGCAAGUGUGAGGUCCAGCCGGUGCGCUCCUCUGCCUGUUGGUGCGGCCCGUCGCUCAGCGCCUCUCCUCCGGUCAUCCAGGUCACCCAGCUUUACCACCAGAAGCUGAAACACUGACGACCAACACUGGUUUCUUCCCCUGUCCCCCCAGUCUUCUCCUCCCUUAUGUUGGAGUGCUUCAUCAUACCUGUCCUCUGUUUUUUCUGCCCUCCCUUUGACCUUACCAUCUGCCACCUCCCAUCACGACUCCCCUUUCCACCUUCCAGGUAGUAACUCCUGUUUCAUCUUCAAGUUGGACCUGAUGCACCCUUCCCCUUAAGAUUUGUGUUAGGGCUAGGGUUUAAAGGGAAAGGAUCUAUACAGAAACAGCCUGUUUCACUUACAUGUAUGUUUCCCCCUAUACAAUGGGCCAUAGAAUAUUUUAUCUGGCACCUACAGAGGACUUCAGUCUGGACCUCGUGCAACUUGCUAUAAGAAUUACUGUAUAUCCAGAAUUACCAGGCUCUACUUCUUCAAACUUCAGACCAUGCUUAUUCUUUCUUACACCGUGUGGGGAUUUCUCGGUCCUCCUCGCUCACUUUUGAACCUCCAACCGUGGCCCGCAGAUUGGAUCCGUUUGAUCCUUCGGUAACCAAGCCAAAGUUUGGCUUCUUGACCAAAAGAAGUAGAUAACCCUGGAUGGUUUGAUGACUAUCACAAUUGUGACAAUCUACAGAAGGCCUGAACCCUCAUUGAACCAGUUUCUGCAGACGUGCAUUGCCUCAUUGCUCCACACUUGUGACAAGAGGCCAUCUUCUCUAACCAGAAAAACAGUGCCCCCAUGUAGCUACAGAAGUGAGGAAAAAGUCUGGAUAAAUUAAAUGUCUCAGGACAAGCAUUGGUAACCAGGUGGGUAUCACAGAGGACCGAUGACUUUCUGUCGGCAGGUACUUCUGUGUCACUGCUUUGUACUGCCAUCAGCUGUCAUUUGAUUGUUUUCACUUUCAGUCAAGCUCAGUUUGCAUCCAAAUGCCUACAUUCCCUCAUUUUUAGUGCCAUGCGUCAUUUGUCCUGUGAGAGACAGUAAAGUCUGUGACAUACUGUACCACCAGAGAGCCAAGGAAACGUGGCUUGUUGUUGCUUUUUGAGAACUGUAAUGUCCGAUGCGUACACUAAUCAUGUCUUUUCCAAUUCACAUCGCAACAUCACUUAUACAAAUACACACAUGCGUUUGUACAGUACCCUGGUGGUUUGCUUCUAGGCACUGACUAUGACAGGUUAAGUUAAGUGCGUAAAUAUUUCAAACACUAAACCUCUUCUGGCGCUUCGCCUGUUAAUGGAGCGUAGACUGGGCCUGGACUUGUAUCAUUGCAACAUGGGUAUAAUUAAAAGACCUGGUCAAACAAUUAGCAAAAGAUGCAAAUCCCCUACUUUGGUGUCUCUAGGCAGAUAGUUUCAGUUUUAUCUGCUUAAGAUUUUAAGAUAUCCACCUCUAAGAUUUCCUCCCCCAUCUCGAUACAAUUUAUGCAAAUGGAAUUCUGCUCGUGGUGCUCAUUUUAAAUUGCGUUCGGAAAAACUCCACAGCGACUCAUUCGCGUUAAUCAGGGUAAUCCUCCCACCCGAUGGUUGAUAGUUGAGUUUUCACUGGAAUUGCCGUCAGAGAAAUAGUGCCAGUUGACGGCGAGGUAUCCCGAGUAACGUUGCGAGCCGAAUUGUUUUGGGGGAGGCGGCAGAAGUUUCGGAGCCAGAUGUGUGAAAAUCGUAGCACAAAUUGUAAAACUAGAACUGUCUGCAAGGCAAGAUGCCCGACGAGUAAGUGAGAGUAAGUCUGUUGUAAUUUGGGUGAAAUUUAACCUUUUAAGAGACUUGAAAACAGUUGAUCAUUUAUUUAUUUCAAGAUGAACCUCAGCUCCGGUGGAGGAUUGCAGAAAGAAGCCCGCCGUCGUACGACGGUGGUGCUAAUUUACCUGGAAAAAUGCAGAAGUUAUGACCUGAGAGUCCAGUGAGCCACAAUUAUGAAAGAAAGGGGGGAACGAUUACAUUUAGAGCAGGACCUGGGGGAUUCAUUUUAACACCACAGCCUUGGUUUUAGGAACUCAAGGCCACGGUACAAAGAACGUAAGUGACUGCUAAACAUUAUUGAGCUUUGUUGGCGCUGCAUCGGCGUGGAGACUGUUGCCAGGUUUACACAUCGUCCGCAAAAGCCAUUUACUUAGCCCCAAAUAACACUUGAGGGGCAAAGGUUCCAUGUGUGGUAGUGUGUGUCCGACCAGCUGUUGGUUUGUUUUGUUUUUCAUGAUGAGUAAUGAUGUUUAUUAUAGCCACAGCCGAUGUUGAAUUGUCUCAAACUAGGCCUGGGGAAGGUCACGUGAUGCACUUUAUGAAUGAAUGGUAACGCAUGUCUGCUAGUAUAUGGUUUUUACCACUCCGUGUGUUUGAGACAGAAACGUGCCUUUUCAAUCACUGAAUCUGUCUUGAUUCCCAAUUGGAGCUAAUCUGUUAAUACGUGAUUUAAUGAGUGUGGAGUUUUUUUUUUUGUGUUGUUUUGCUGUGUAACUUCCUUUCACGCGUUCCAAUUCUAAGUGCCUUGAAUGUCUUUCACUUAACUUUUCCUUUCAUGUGUUUGAAUAGCUUUGUAGAAUUGUUUUGGACAUGAAACAGUUUCACCAUGUUCCUCUGAUGGAAAUAAUUUUUAAAUGACACUCAUAUGUAUUAGUUGUUGCUUUGAAUACACCGAUGGACAUGUUUUGUAAUAGUACAUGAAUCAAUAUGGAGUCUUAGUUCACAUAUACACCUAGAGUUGCACUAUAAAAGAUUUAUACAAAUAACAUUUGGUACCACUAUUAAUGCCCUGGAUUUAAAGGGAUAAUUCAAAGAAAAAUCUGGUCCGAAAUGAAUGUUGUAUAUACUGUAACACAUUCUAUAGCAGAGAUGUUUAUCAGAAAGAAAUAUUGAAUUCACACGCGAAUAAAACCUGGAGUGAUAUAUUAAAAACA